CUGAGAGGUGUUAAAAAAUCGUACAGUAAAGGACCGGCCAGUUUACGAGACUUAUAUACUGAUGCGGAUAUCGCUGCUCAAGACUGCAUCAUUUCCUCGUUGCAUAGGCAGUUCGGCGAGCAUCUCAGAAUCAUUGGUGAGGAAAGGUUGCAGGUGGUGAUUUGGGUAGAUCCACUGGAUGGUACUUACGAACUAGUAGCUGCCGAAGGCAAUACUUCUCGUCAGCAGGAAGUAACUGUACUUAUUGGUGUUGCACAUAAAGGCCGUCCUAUAGCCGGUGUUAUUCAUCAGCCAUUUUGGGGUGCCGAUGCUUCUGGCCGCACAAUAUGGGCCAUUAAAGGUGCUGGGGUCCACGGCAUUGAAGUUGCCAAAGGGAAUUUGCAAAGAUACGUCGUUACAACGCGAAGUCAUUCAACUCCGCAAGUUCGCGACACGCUAAACCUUUUGAGGGAGAAAAAUUUGAUAAGUGAUGUGGAAUUUGUCGGAGGCGCUGGAUUUAAGGUUUUGAAAUGUUUAGAGGGUGCUGCAGCAUAUGUUUUCGCUAGCCCAGGCUGUAAGAAAUGGGAUACUUGCGCUCCAGAAGCAGUAAUCACUGAAUCAGGUGGAAGAUUAACUGACAUAGCAGGAAAUGAUUUAUACUACGGUGAAGAUGCUCCAGUCCCCAACAGUGGUGGAGUGCUGGCAACUGCGCACUGGGUCAAUCAUCAGGAAUUUGUGGACUGCAUUCCGGAAACGAUCAAAUCGGUUCUGCCCGAGUUAGAGCGGAAGUCAUCGGCAGUCUCGUCUUCUAGCCGACAAUAA